CCAAUGAAAAAGAGGAAAGGCAGCAGAGAUAUUUAUAGAGGAGGGGAGAGCAACGUGGCUCGGUUAUGAGAUAAGAAAAGGAGGGCUUACUCUGUCGGGUCAAAACCCUAGCAAGCCAGCUAUUAAGCACGCACGCGCACACUAAUAAAUAUCUCUGUCCACCUUCUCUUCCCUCUCGCAUAUUCCUUAGCAGCUUAUUCCAGUGUUUAAUCCACAUCUUGCAAUGGCUGGUCGACGGGAUAGCUAUGGGAAGCGGUCUCAUUCUCAGUCAGAUUAUAGUGAAAAUGGGGGAAAUAAAAGGAGAAAUACUAGAAAUGAUAAGGAUCCUUUUUCUAUUGGCCCUGAUGAUACAGUAUACCGGUACUUGUGCCCAGUAAAGAAGAUUGGCAGCAUCAUAGGUAAAGGUGGGGAGAUUGUUAAACAAUUAAGGGUGGAUACUAAAUCAAAAAUCAGAAUCGGAGAGACAGUACCUGACUGUGACGAACGUGUUGUCACUAUCUACAGCUUAAGUGAAGAAACAAAUGAGUUUGAUGGCACUGAAGACCGUGUUUGUCCAGCUCAGGAUGCCCUUUUCAGAGUACAUGAUAAAAUUGUUAGUGAAGACACUACUGACGAGGCCUCUGAGGAGGCAUCACAGAUUACUGUUAAGCUUCUAGUACCUUCAGAUCAGAUUGGAUGUAUUAUUGGGAAAGGGGGACAGAUAGUUCAGGACAUUCGAAGUGAAACUGGUGCUCAGAUUCGUAUUUUGAAAGAUAAGCAUUUGCCUACAUGUGCAUUGAACUCAGACGAACUUGUGCAGGUAUCUGGUGAAGUUGCUGUAGUGAGGAAGGCUCUGUAUGAAAUUGCAACUCGUCUUCACAAUAAUCCAUCCCGUACUCAACACAUUCUAGCUUCCGAUCCACCAACUGUCUACUCUUCGCGUAGUUCACUUAUUGGUUCUGCUGGUGGUGCUCCAAUAGUGGGAAUAGCUCCACUAGUGGGGCCGUAUGGUGGUUACAAAGGAGAGAGUGGUGACUGGUCAAGUUCUUUCUACUCAGCUCCAAGGGAUGAAACAUCUUCAAAGGAGUUUUCUCUUCGUUUAGUGUGUCCUACUGCAAAUAUCGGAGGUGUUAUUGGCAAAGGUGGUGUCAUAAUAAACCAAAUUAGACAAGAUUCUGGUGCAGUGAUCAAGGUUGAUAGCUCUAAUGCUGAAGGUGACAAUUGUGUGAUUUCUAUUUCUGCAAAAGAGUUCUUUGAGGAUACGUAUUCUCCCACAAUUGAAGCAGCACUGCGCUUGCAACCAAGGUGUCGUGAGGAAGUGGAACGGGAUUCAGGUCUUAUAUCAUUCACCACAAGGUUGCUGGUUCCAGCUUCUCGAAUUGGCUGUCUUAUUGGGAAAGGAGGAUCCAUUAUUAAUGAGAUGAGGAAAAUCACGAAAGCUAAUAUCCGCAUCCUCUCGAAGGAAGACCUUCCGAAGGUUGCAUCUGAAGAUGAUGAGAUGGUACAGAUAUCAGGAGAUCCCGAGGCUUCAAAGGAUGCACUCAUGCAAGUAACAUCACGUUUAAGGGCAAAUUUUUUUGAAAAAGAGGGCUCCAUGUCUUCCUUUGUGCCAGUUCUCCCCUACCUUCCAAUGUCAACAGAUUCAGAUACCUUGAAAUAUGAAAGCAGAGAUACUAGGAGACCUGCACGUGACCAUUCCUACUCAGCUGGGUAUGGUGGUACUAGUGAGCUUCCACAUGCUGAUGGUUUUGGAAGUUAUGGUACUCUCCAGAGUACUAGCAGUGUAGGGUAUGGAGCAUAUGAAGGAUAUUCCCCUGCUUAUCCAAAAGAAGGAUAUUCCCAUGGGCGUUCCAGUGGAUCUGGGUCAUCCAGGCAAAACUCUGCUUCCCGGAGAAAAAGUUAUGGUUACUAGAGCUUGUAACAGAACCACAGCCGAGUAUCUGAAGCCUGAAGCCUGCCUACUGUCACCUUUGAUGAAGCCUCAUGCCCAAACCAGAUGACCAGAUGAAUGCGGACAUCAAAUAUCAUUGCCUACCUUGAUGUUUUCCUUAGCAGGACCAUAUCCGAAGAUCUUACCUACUAUCGAAAUUUGCCAUGCCCUGACACCAUAUACUUCCAAGCUCAUACUCUUAUGCUUCCAAGAACCUGUGUAGCCAGCGGCCUCAUCCUUUCUUCCCUUUUGUAGUUGUACUAUAGACAAAUUCAACUCAGAAAUCUCGGCCAUGUGUCCUGAUGUCUUGUUUUCGGUUUAUUAUUAUAUGUAUGAAUCUACUGCUAGUUGAACAUGUCUAUUUGAUGCUUUAGACCUGGUGCCGAUUUUCAAGCG